AUGCCUCCACCACACCAAAAACCAGAAAAUGUGCUGAAGCGCGCCCAUGAGCUUAUGGGCGUCGGCCAGGCACAGGCAGCCUUGGUACUUCUCCACGAACAUGUCACAUCGAAGCGGAUUCGGAAUGUACCCAUUGCGUCUCUCGAGCCUGUUAUGGUACUUUUGGUCGAGCAAUCUGUUGAACAAAAAAAGGGAAAGCUUGCAAAAGAUGCUCUGUACCAGUACAAAAAUAUUAGCCAGAACACAAACGUGGGCACUAUUGAGUUAGUCUUGAAGAAAUUCAUAGAACUUGCAGAAGAAAAGGUUAAGAAUGCGCAAGCUAAGGCCGAAGAAGUUCAAUCCUCGAUUGAGACAACAACAUCUACUGCGAGUAUUGAAGAUUUAGAGGCCAGUGAAACACCAGAAUCGAUUCUCCUCUCGACUGUAUCUGGCGAACAGUCUCGCGACCGUACAGACCGAGCAAUUGUAACACCUUGGCUUAAGUUUUUGUGGGAGACGUAUCGAACAGUUCUAGACAUCCUUAGGAAUAAUGCAAGGCUAGAGAUUAUGUAUCAAAGUACCGCCAUGCAAGCUUUUGAAUUUUGUUUGAAAUACACCAGGAAAACCGAAUUCCGAAGACUGUGUGAGCUGCUACGAAAUCAUCGCCAUCUGGAGACUCGCUUUAAGCAAUUAAACGUUGCAGUUGAGCUGGAACUAUGGCAGGAGGCCUUUAGAAGCGUCGAAGAUAUUCAUACGCUACUCAACCUAAGUAAGCGCCCACCCAAAAAUAUCAUGAUGGCCAACUAUUACGAGAAGCUCACCCGAAUUCUUCUUGUUGCCGACAAUCAUUUGUUUCACGCUGCUGCCUGGUCAAGAUACUACAAUCUUCUUCGCCAAUCAGCUUCGAUGGUAUCAUCUGGACAAAGCAAGAAGUCUGACAAUCCAGCUACGAAUGAAUCAGAUCUUUCCAAGGCCGCUUCUUUCGUCCUGCUCUCAGCUCUAGCCAUACCAGUUAUAAGCACUUCUCGAUCUCGUGGUGCCCUUAUCGAUGUCGAUGAAGUCAAGAAAACUAAGAAUUCCCGCUUAACCCAUCUUCUCGGAAUGAGCCAGGCUCCUACACGUGCUGUACUUUUCAGGGAUGCAAUGAGUAAGGGUCUAUUAAAGCGUGUCCGACCAGAGAUACGUGAACUUUAUCAAAUCCUUGAGGUCGAAUUCCAUCCCCUUUUCAUUUGCCAGAAAAUUUCUCCAAUCUUAGUUAAAAUAGGUGCAGAUAGUGAAAUGAAAAAGUACAUCGUUCCUCUGCAACAAGUAAUACUGACUAGAUUAUUCCAACAACUAUCGCAGGUCUACGAAACAGUCGAUUCAGAUUUUGUUGAGAAACUUGCAAAGUUUCCAGAACCCUUCGAUAUAUCCAAAGAUACGAUCGAAAAAUUUAUCAUGAACGGCAACAAAAAGGGAGACCUUUCCAUUCGAAUGGAUCAUGCAACAGGUGUUCUCAGUUUUGACACGGAUAUAUUUUCUUCGACGAAAUCGACUUCCUUUGGAUCUGGGGGAUCAGCAGAAAGUGAAACAUCUUCUGUUCAAAGGCUUCAAAGUACCCCAUCUGAGAUUGUGCGCACACAAUUUACUCGUCUAGCAAAAGCUCUACAUAUUACUUGUCAAAUUAUAGAUCCGUCAUUCAAUGAGGCUAGGAUCAGAGCUCGUGAUGCAGCAUACGCCAGAGCUUCUAACGGCUUGGAACAAGAGCAUCGUGAAAUUUUGUCUCGCAAGGAUGUCAUACAAAAGCGCAAAGAAGAGGCAUCUGAGCUCCUGGCUCGAAAAGAAAAAGAGGAUGCUGAGAGAAAACGGCUCCGAGCUCGUCAGCUUCAGGAGGCUGAAGAUAAGCGUCUUGCACAAGAGCAAAAAGAUCGGGAAGAAAAGCGACUCCAAGCUGAAUUAGACCGUGUGCGGAAAGAGGAGCUCAAAAAGCAAAUAGCUGAUCUUAAGAUUGGCCCUAAAUCAUUUGAUAUCGAUCUAGAUAACCUUGAUAACGUUGACAGUAAUACCAUUCGUGCAAUGAAGCUUGCACAGUUAGAACGAGAAAAAAAUGGUAUAAACGAAAAGCUCCGUGUCACCGGCAAACGAAUCGAUCACCUGGAGCGAGCCUUUCGUAAAGAAGAAGCCAAAAAAAUGCCUCUCGACUACGAGCAACAAAGACAAAGAGAUAUUGAUGCUCACAACAAGGCCAAAGUUCAGACACUUCGAGACGCUGAAAUAAAACACAAGGAAAACUUACAGCUCAAACAUAGAUUAAGCCGGUUAGUUCCACAGUACGAGAACUAUCGAAUUUCUAUUAUUGAGCGUAGACAUGAUGAAUUCGAAAAGCGUCGCCGUGACGCCGAACGGGAAUUGGAAAAGGCAAUGUCAGCUCGCAGGAGAGAAUACCGAGAUCGUAAAGUUCGCGAAAAGAGGGAGCGGGCCGAGCAAGAACGUAUCCUCCGUGAGGAGGAAGAGAAUGCCGCCAAAGAACUAGAAGAAAAGGCUGCUAAGGAAGAAAAAAGAAAAGCAGAAUUUGCAGAACUUAAAGCUAUCCGAGAGAGAGAAAGGAAGGAGAGUCUAGAGAUAGCUGCUCUACAGCAGCGCCGUGCGGAAGAAGCUGAACAACGGCGUGCUCAAGCCAAAGCAGCCGGCACCUCUCUUUCGAAAGAAUCUGAUGCGAACAAGCCAGCCCGCUGGCAGCCACGACGCGAAAUGCAAGAGAGUCUCCCACCUAGGUCUGGAUCAACAGCUGUUAGACCAUCUUUUGCUUCAGGUCGGCUUGAUGAUACUGACAAAGGACGACCUCCACAACUACCUUUAGUAGGACUUAGACCUAGUGGAACAAGCUGGAGAGACAAGGACCUCACUGCAGUUUCAACAAGUCAAAAUCCACCUCGAACAGUCCAACGCGAAAACUCGCCCACACGAGAGCGGCCCUCUACUAUCGCUUCUAGCGAGUCGCUGAAGCCAACAGGCGGCGCUGGCAAGUUUAUUCCACCACAUUUACGAAAGAAACUGGCACAGUAG